AGAAAAUUCGUUAACCAAACAAAACAAACACUUUUCCAUUUUUUAAAAAUUGUUUCAUUUUAUUCGCAAAUCAAUUAAUUUUUAUGUUUAUUUAUCCGUAUCCGUUACGACAGUGUCUGAGUGACAAGAAGAAUUGUUUAUUUGUCAAAAUUUCAGUGCCAAGGUUUGUUUGAAUUUCCCAGAAAAUGAGGACUAUGCUCUAAUUUCGAAAUGGAAUCCGAUUCUAAAGAAAGCAAAACCGAUGAGGAUUCAUCGUCUAAAUGCAUCCUGGAAUACUACCAGAAAUACUCUCAAAACAAAAAAUUACCCAAGUACUUCUCCGGCUCCUCCAUCAGUUAUUUGCCAGAAAUUGUAGACGAUGAGGAUUCGAAGGCAAAUAAAGAAGUAGAAAUAAUAAUAGACGAGCAUCAGGAUGUAGUCGAAGCUUUAAUCCAACCACAAUUGUCUCCUACUGAAUCUGCCGGGUCAAAUAAAAAAUUGGAAUGGGACAAUUUGGCCGAUAUCGGUUACGACAAUGCCAAAAGUAUCCAUCGAAGCUUUUCCUUGCCAAUUUUACCUCAACCGAGCCAAGCUAUUAGUAUUUCAUCUUCCGAACUUUCCAAGAGUAAGCAUAAAGAUAACUUAAAAGUAAUUAUUUAUCCUUAUUCGAGCAAUUCAGAAGAGAAAAGCACCGUUGAAACCUCUUCAUCCGAUGCCAAAAUGGCGAAAUCUACAAGUUCCACUGUUAGUUCUGUAAACACGAAGCAAUAUAGCGAAUCCUCCAGUAGCGAAGAGAGGAUUUUGAGCUUCAAACACACUCUGGAUUUCUUAAAAGCCAAAAUAGGCUUACCGGACGCUCAUUCGACUCCAAACGAACCGGAAUUCAAACCUGAGAAACUUCCCGACACACCGUUUGUCAAAAAAGAAGAGAAACCUUCGAAAACGCUACUAAAGAAAUCGAAGAGCACUCAACUAACUCCUAAUCAAGUUGAUAAAGCAAAUAAAGAAACCUCCACUGAAGAACAACUUUGCUCAACUAAAAAAAUGAUUAAUUUGUGCCUUACCAAACCCGUACUAAUAGAUUGUGUAUCGAGUACUAAUCAAUUAACGAUUGGUGUACAAACUGAAACUCGUUCGAUUUCCAAAAGUAAAUCUUCCUCCGAUGACAACGAGAAGACAAACACGAACCCAGAUACAUCGAAAUCUUCCAGUUCCAAUAUUGUAGCUUCCAAUUGCGAUAGCUUCGAAUAUAUUAAAACUAGCAAUCCGGUAGAAAAGCUUAUCGAUCAAGUACCCGUCGAGGAACCAACGAAAAAUAUCGGUAGCAACAUCGAAAGGAGCAUUUACGUACUACAGAAAUUGAUUAACUCGAAAAAAUACGAUUCUACAGCCAAGAAGAAGUACAUCAAGAAAAUCCUGCAGAAGAUCAUCGAGAGCAGAGAAUUGGAGGAAUCGAGCGCCAGUUCUGAACUGUUUUAUCCCAAAACGGAUCCGACUAAACUCCUGAUGGACCAAGCGAAGCAUUUUUCAUUCAAACACGAAGGAUCUUCUUCUUCCUAUCAAUCCCACAACGGCCUAAAAUCGUCUCCUACCAGGCGAAAAACCCAAAACAAAGAUAAGAAAACUCUACCCGAACAUCCCGAUUCCAAAUUGAAUCUCGACGAUUUAUCGAACGAAUUAACACGAAAACUCACCGAAGCAGCGAAUAGAGAUAAAAAGGAAAUCAAAGGACCUUUCACUCUCGCUACAAAACCCGAUCCAUCAUCAUCAUCAUCCACACAAAAAUCGCUGAAAUUACAAUCGAUCAACCGCAGUCCACUAGCCGGAGACGGCGAUCAUUUGCUGAUAAAUUUCGCCGACAAAGAACGGCAAUACCAACUCAAGUGGAUAGACAGAGAGAUCGAUCAUUUGGGCAAACUCAGGGCGCUCUUGGUGAAGCCCAAAACGUUCCACGAAAAACUCGAAGGAAUUCAAACGACCACGUCCGUUUACAUGGUAUCCGAAUGCAAUGCAGCCAGGAAAACUUCCCCUAAAAGGAACUACGUUAUUGAAACUAAUUUGGGAGUGCAAGGUACAGGGCCUCGUACGUUUCGUUUGAACGGCGAACAUUACGUAGUAUGCGAACCGGGUGGUACAAUUAACGAAGAAAAUCGUCCGGCUGUAGCCGAUGUACAAGUUCAUUCUGAUGAUAAAACGACCAAUAUUAGAGUAAAAACGAUUUGCGGUAUAUGCAAGAAAGUACCGUGCAUGUGCAUUCCCAUCGAUCGGGAUAAUAGCAGCACCGGUUCCAGUAAACGAUCCGACAAAAGAAGCAGUUCGAUUCCCAGGAGCGUUUGCGGCGCUUGUAGAAACGCCCCGGAGGCUUGUACUUGUAAACGUUUGGAGACCAAACGCAGCCAAUCGUCUUGUAAUUGCAGUACUACCGCUUGUAGUUGCGAAUCGAAAGUUUCCAAAGUACCAGUCAGAGGAUACAUUGUGUGCCCUCAUAAAAACGGGGAGGAAACGGAAGUGUGUCUCUGCGAUUUGGGUUUGAGCGACGGGGCGCAGGAAGAGGCUUCGAACGGCGAGAAAUCCGGUUCGUUGGGUAAAAUAUUCAAAAAUUGCCAAUGCGGAUCCCGAACCGAAUGCGAUUGUAGCUUCGUGAGCAAGCUCGUAAAGUACUUUAGUACCCAAGAGGAUAAAACCCCAUCGAAAGAAGAAAAUUCACCGGCAGAAAAAUCCCAAAACGUGAAUGUAAACAUCAACAUCGAUGGUACAAACGAGCUACCCGUUGUAACUUGCGCAUGUUGCAAUUCUACUACUUGUGUAAAACUAACCAAAGAUUCCGAUUCGAACGACUGCCUUUGCGAUAAACCGGAAGAGCAAGUACCGAAGCAAAGCAAAUGCUCGCCGGAUUAUCUCUGCGAUUUAAUCGCUAGGCUCGAGCAGGUUUUGCGAGACAAGAAACUAACUCGGGGAAGUACCAAUGAUUCGCCUGAUAAUGCUAAUCUAGUCGAUUGCGGUACCAACCGAGCUUUACGUAUCGAUAAAGGAACUGCUUGUUCUCCGGACGAGGCCGGUUGUACGAGCGAAACUUGCUUCGCUAAUGCUGGUACUGUUACUGAUCCUGUGAAAGUUAACCAGAGUACCAGUUACAAUCCACCUGGGGAUAGGUUACAGUGUAAAAUGGACGAUUUUUCCAAUGGGAAACGAUUGAAAAAUGAUGACGAUAACGAAACGGUGCAUUUGCAAGUCGACAAAGGCCUGAAAUCGAUCGAUAUGUCGUUUUGUUUGCGCUGUUCGAAGAGCAAAAGCGACGGAUGCACCUGCGGCAAAAAGAAAAAACACCACAAGAAGGGUUGCGCUUGUAGAUGCCAAAAUUGCUUGAAUUCCAAAGGAAGUAGCAGCAAUACUUCGACGAAAGAGGCCACAGACAAGUGUCAAUGUGGACGUGUCAAAACCGGACGAACUUGCUACUGUAAAAAGAAGUCCAAAGAAGAAAACACGUCCGAAGGUUCUUCUACCGGUGCUAGUCUAUCAACGGACUCCACAGCAACCCCUCUACUGGCAUGCGCCCUUUGCGACAGGCCUCAACCCUCUCACGGGGUGUCUAUGUUACGCACAAACACCGAAGAAUAUGCAGUUUGCUCCGAAUGCAUGGGGAAGAAACCCAUUUUGACUGCGACUUGUUAUAUUGGACCUAACAUCAACGCUGAAGAAGAAGGUCCUUCGCAUUCGUUUUGUACGUGUCCUAGAGAUAAGGGUAGGAAAAGUAAGGAAAAAUUCGAAUAUUGUCCGCAUUGUAAGAGCCAAUUGAGGCGAACUUUGAGAAGCGACAACGGCAUCGCUUACACGUUGACGCUCGAAGAUGAAAGGUCCCAUUGUGGAAAAACCGGGAGCGUUAAGACAAACAAAUUGAGAGAAAUUAAGGUAAAGGUGCCGUGUCCUUAUAGUCGAAAGGAAACAAAAAACGAGGUUAACAACACUAGGAAGGCGGAAAACGAAAGAAAUGGCGAGCAUGAUGAAAACUGCUCUUGCGAAAAUGGCGAAAAAUCGCGCGAAAACUCGACGCUUAAAGGAAAAGGGGAAAAUUACACUCUGCAGGAGCACUUGCAGAUAAAUCGUCCGGAUUUCAUCGAUUCAGCGGAGUACAGGAGACAGGCGGUGUUGACUAAUCGAGUGGAACGCGAGAGGAACAAGGACGACAUGAAAUUGAAGUUUCUGACUAAAAGCGAGGACGAGGCUUUGUUGCGGCGUAAAAAUAAUAGAUUGUUCACCGAACGGGAGAUGAGAGAAAUAACGAGGAGGAACUACAAGAAAUUGCCGGAGGUUCGACGACGCGCCGACGUUUUGAGAUUGGAGAAAUUGAAGAGCGCCGAUAAAUAUAUCGCGGAUGUUUUUAAAAAAAAAAUCCAGAAUUGCAUUUUGAAAGGCAAAAGCAGUUUUCCGAUCGAUUCGAAUAUUGUUAAUUAUAAGUAAUAUUUUCGUAAUUGUGUAACGACGAGGAGCAUAUGAUGCUUGUGAAUUGUAAUUGUAAUUUUGUAAUUUGUAAUAAAGAAAACGCAUUGUGUAGAAAUAAAUGUUUUUCUGGCGGAUAAAAGG